AUGACACUCUUCAAAUCCUCAUAUUAUGACAAAGAUUACCGAGCGGGCGCUGCCCUUAUGCGCGCGCGACGGCCGUAUAUAGUGAGAAAUGUAGCUACCGGUGUAGCUCUUUUCAGCUUCUGCAUUGGUGUUUACGCCUUCACCAUCAGCGCUGUUGGACAGGACGAUUUCUCCGAUGUCAAAGUACCGGAGGCCGUACCGCGCGCAAAACAAGAGGCCAAAUAG